CCAGUGCCGCUGCUGCCCGCCGGCCGCCUGGCGCGAUUAUCGCGCGCCGACGCGGUGCGGCGGCAGCUGCGGCAGGCGGCGGCGGCGCCCGACAUUCUGCUGUCCGCGCCCGGCAGCGGCGGCGGCGGCGCGCCGCUGCGCUUCCAGGUGGUCGGCCCCGGCGCCGGCAGCGUGCCGCUCCCGGUCUCGAGCCAGAAUGGCGCCGUGCCCUUCCGGCGCUCGACCAGCCCCGGCGGACCCCCGCGGCGCCGGGAUGGUGCCGGCGCCGGCGCCGCGGCCGGCGGCGCGGGCGCGGCUGCGGCGGCCGCGGGCGGGAAGCCUGUGAAGCGGGUGGCGCAGCUGCUGCCGUGGAUGCUGCUUACGAGCUCCCGGCUGACGGCGACGGACCUCACGCGGCUUGCAUCCCAACGGGCCCUGGGGGCGCUUCUGGAGUAUGAAAUCGCAUUCGAAGCCGGCGCG